AUGACCUCUACCAAGCCUCCAGCCGACUUUCCCGCCCACAUCCAGUUCCUCACGACCCCUGUCGCCUCGCCCCUCCUCUCCGCCCUCGACCGCCUCACCUACUGCACGCCUUGUCCGCCGCACCUCGUCCCGAACGCUCCGCCACGCGUCGCGAUCCGCACCAUCACCGACGCACGUCACCCGGCAAAGGGUCAGCGUGGCCUUUUCAACGACGGCAAGGCGGCCAUCGAGCGCGGGACUUGGAUCCGCGACUACCUCGGCUACGUGCACGACGAGCGCGAGGCCGACCCCAAGAGCGAGUACGACCUGUCGCUCGAGCGACGGCCUGUCUCGACGGCCGAGGGCGAGAACGAGGGCGAGGGCGUCGGCGCCGGCGCGCAGGAGCAGCAGCAGGAGCAAGAGCGCGAGCAGCGGUUCGAGGUCGUCGGGUGCGACGCGACCAAGAUGGGCGGCGAGGCACGCUUCGUCAACGACUACCGCGGCGUGCCGGGCUACGAGCGCGCCAACGCCGUGUUCGAGCUGCGCACGUGGGACAUCCCGGGCGUCGCAGGCCGCAAGGGCGCGCGCAUGGCCGUCUGGGCGGGCCCGCACGGCGUCGCAAAGGGCGCCGAGAUCUGCGUGUCGUACGGCAAGGGCUACUGGAAGCCCAAGGAGGCGGCCGGGCAGUCGAGGCUCAAGGAGGGCGCGCAGGACGAGCCGAGGGCAAAGGUCGGCAGGGGGAGGAGGGUCGCAAAGGCCAAGCAGGGCUGA